CUUCCUUUGCCGUUGGUUCACCCUCCAUUGGCUGCCGCGGCCGGUGCGCUACAGCCGCUGCACCACACUGAUCCGAUGGCAGGAGCCAGGUGCUUCUCUUGGUCUCCCAAGCACUUGGGGCCAUCCUCCACUGCACUCCCUGGCCACAGCAGAGAGCUGGCCUGGAAGAGGGGCAACCGGGACAGAAUCCGGCACCCCGACCGGGACUAGAACCCGGUGUGCCGGCGCUGCAAGGCGGAGGAUUAGCCUAGUGAGCCACGGCGCCGGCUUUGUCCAGUAUUUUUUUUCUAUCCUCCUUCUGUUUUAAAUAAUUGAGUUCAUACCAAAUAUACAAUUUUGCAUCCUAGUUUUUUUUCCCACUUCAUUGAUUUGCUCAUUAUAAAGUAAUUGAAUGUCCAUGACUUGUCAGGUGCUGGUUUUAGAUGCUGGUGAUGUCACAAUGAAUACAACAGUCCCUGUGCUUGUAGAACUUCCAUUCUAGUGUGUGUGUGUGUGUGUGUGUGUGUGUGUAUGAGAAUAUUGAACAAACCAGUAUGUAUAGUACUUCAGGCAGUGGUAAAUAUGGUGGAGAAAAAUCAAGCUUUGUAAAAAUUGUGUAGUUAGGGAAGACCUCCCUGCCAGGAAGAGGAAGCCAGGGCAGGAGCCACACAAGGUAGUUGGAGAAGUGCAUUCCAGGCAGAGGAGGUGGUCAGUCCUGCCCUCACUCUGAGGCAGGAGGGUGUUUGGUGUGUGGGAAGAAUAGCAAGGGGCCAUUGUGACAGGGAGCCUAUGGAGAGAUAUGGCAGGAGCUGCCUUCAGAGAGGUAGCAGGGCACAGAUUUUAGGGCACAUUAUAUCUCUUUUUUCGGGGGGGAGCACAUUAUAUCCCAAGGUGUUUUGAAGGAUGUGUGAUCUGAAACUUGAUCCUGAAGACAUUGUUAAUGAAAGGGUUUCCAAGUUAGGAUUUUGCAGCAAACAGUAUGAAAUUGCCAACUUUCAAGUCAGGAUCGUAUUUGGAGAGGAUCACAAUUUAAUAAAGAAGCCGCAUGUCAUAAAACUCUCUUUGAUUGUCAUGGUUUUGUGAAAUACUGAAUUCUGUAAAAUUCUGAAUGAACCCUACUUAAAUAAUUCUAACACAAUCCUGGCAAUAAAUCCAGAGGUUGUCUCCAGUGGUUUCUGCCCCUCCAGGAGCCUGCGCACAGACUCUCAAGGCUGCUCCUCUGUGAUCACUGCCAUCCCAGAAUGGCCGGCCACCAGGAGCAGGGCAAACUCUUGCUCAAUUCUCUCAGCCUCUCUCCCAAGCUGAGUUAAUUGGAGCUCUUGGCCCAGAGUGUUUCCCUGGGUCUACUUGGGAAAGAACAAGGCAAAUCACACAUAAUAAAAUACUUGGUUUCCAAUAUUAGUUAAAAAUGGAAGCAAAGUCUUUUAUGACUCCUCAAGGCAAGAAAUUUCAUAUCCCCCUCUUUUUUUUUUCUCUUGUCUGUUUCUCCCAGUGCCUGAAAUUAUGCUUAGCAGUAGAGGCUCAAAAAAUGAUUUUUUAUAGACUGAAGGUUACAUUCUUGCAUCUGUGUACAUUUUGUCUCAAUUUUCUACUCCCUCCAUUCAUAACACAGAGAUCAGUGUUGAGGUUCUCAAGGCCCCUCUGGCCCGUGAACUGGGAACUAUAGAAUGCUGGAGACCAUAUACUGCUGUUCCCUGUCUGCCACCAGCUCAUGUCCCCAACGUGUAGUGCAGACCUUGUAAGUGCUGGUCCUUAUGAAACAUUCUUCCCAGACAGAAAGUCUGGAUCCCAAGGAGCAGGGCCUACCUUAUAGGAUCCUGCCCUAAUGAAAGUGGAAUUAAUAGUUGAAAAUGCCAGGACCACUGAUAGUGUUGGAUGACAAGGAUUACAAAAACAAAUACGAAAAACUCACGGAAGUUAUGUUUAAGUGACAAGUUGACAGAAGGAGCCCAUUUUAUUUUUUUAAUUUAAAAUUGAAGAGUUAGCACAUAGUGCAUCAACUACAGGAAUAUGCUUCAAUAAUUCAUUUGUGAUUUGGGAACAUAAAAAUGAAAAACUUAAGGUUCCAAUGUUAAUUUAGUUCCUUUUUUAACACGAGCUUUAAAAUUUAUGAAGUUGAUUCAAACACUCAUAAAUGAAUUCACACUGAAUCUUUUCUGCUUCAUCUAUCACUCCAUUAUAGACUCAGAAAUAAUUUAGGGUGGUCCAUAUGUGAACAGCAGUGACUCUGACCAAAAAGGUUUGAGGGAUCUCAGUUUACCAACCAUUGUUUUAUUUACUUUUUGGAGACCACUCAUUCUCCUUCAUUUUUCUGUUUUAAGCUCUCUCUUUUUAAAUCAAUUGUCUUUUAAUUUCUUUUAAAAAAAAGUUUGUUUCUAUAUACUUGAAAGGCAGAGUGACACAGAGAGAUACAGAGAGCUAGACAGACAGAUCCAUUUGCUGGUUCAUUCCCCAAAUGCCCACAACACGCAGGGCUAGGCCAUGCCAGAGCCGGGAGCCUGGAACUCCAUCUGGGUCUUAAGCACUUGGGCUGUCAUGCAUUGCUUUCUCAGGCACAUCAGCGGGAAGCUAGAUCAGAAGUGAAGAUGCUGGGACAUGAACUAGUGCUACAGUAUGGGAUGUGGUCAUCCCAAGCAGUGGCUUAACCUGCUGUGACACAAGGCCCACCCCUGACUUUUCUCUUAAAAAGGACAAAAGAAUCCUGGGGGAAGUAUAACUUUGAAACUUUUGUCUUUUAAAUGUUUCAGUACAGAUCCUCAGGGUUCUUCAGAAAGAGAACUUCUUUCUGCCACUGUAUGUGCAAUGUGGCCUCUGUGUAUUUAUGACUUAGAGUCAUGUUUUGGCCUGUGAAGCACAAAAGCCUCUCAGGAGCCAAGUUUUGACAGUGCUAUUACAUGCCCUUUACGUCCCACAUUCCUUAAUUGCUUCAAAACACUUGCCUGAUAGGUGAGCAGUCCUCAUACUCUUAUGAAACAGGUAAGGUCAUUGGAUUGCAUUGCCACGUGAGGUGGCAGAAGCCCUGGCAAGCCAACUGAGAUAUGCCUUGAGGUCUGGCUGCCCUAUAAGAGGAAUAAGGAGCAGGAGUCCAGCCCAGAGGCAGCUCUUGUGGCUGUUGGCUGUCUUUCUCUUGAGUCUGUCAAGAGCAGGACAUGUGAUCUCAUCAUUCAGUGGCUGGAACUCCUUGGUAAGGUGAGUGUCCUCACAGAUCAAGUGGAAGCCCAAGGAGAGAAGAUUCGGGACCUGGAAGUGUGUCUGGAAGGACAUCAGGUGAAACUCAAUGCUGCUGAAGAAAUGCUUCAACAGGAGCUGCUAAGUCGCACAUCUCUCGAGACUCAGAAGCUUGACUUGAUGACUGAAGUGUCUGAGCUGAAACUCAAGUUGGUUGGCAUGGAGAAAGAGCAGAGGGAGCAAGAGGAGAAGCAAAAAAAAGCAGAGUCGGUUCUGAAUGUGAUCAGUGAGCUGCAGGAGCAGAUGUGUAGGCUGCAGCUGGACAUCCACAGGCAGAUUCAAGAGCGCCUGUUACUCAGUAGGGACAACCCUGAGGAGGCAGCGGCUGGUGACGGUGCAGCCGAGCCCCAGCCAUGCAGCCAGGACUGUGCCCCUUGGGAGGGGUCACCUGAGUUACUGCAAGAGCUCAGACACCUCAAAAUCAAAGUGGAAGAGUUGGAGAAUGAACGGAAUCAGUAUGAGUGGAAGCUGAAGGCCACUAAGGCCGAGGUAGCCCAGCUGCAAGAGCAGGUGGCCCUGAAAGAUGCAGAAAUUGAGCGUCUGCACAGCCAGCUCUCCCGGACUGCAGCUCUCCACGGUGAACACGCAGAGAGAGACCAAGAAAUUCAACGCCUGAAAAUGGGGAUGGAAACUUUGCUUGUUGCCAAUGAAGAUAAGGACCGUCGGAUAGAAGAGCUCACUGGGCUGUUAAACCAGUACCGGAGGGUGAAGGAGAUUGUGAUGGCAACUCAAGGACCCUCAGAGAGAACUCUCUCCAUCAAUGAAGAAGAUCUGGAGGGAAGCUUCAGAAAAUGGAACACCUCAAAUAAAGACCCUGAAGAAUUAUUUAAACAAGAGAUACCUCCAAGAUGUAGCUCCCCUGCAGUGGGGCCUCCUCCACUUCCACAGAAAUCACUGGAAACCAGGGCUCAGAGAAAACUGUCCUGUAGCCUAGAAGACUUGAGAAGUGAAUCUGUGGAUAAGAGUGUCGAUGGGAACCAACUCUCCCUGGUGGCAGGAUCCAAGGACAGCCCACUUCAGGCAGACCACAAAUACCCAACGUUACCUGGGAAGCUUUCAGGAGCCACACCCAAUGGAGACGCUACCAAAUCUAUUUCCACCGCUUCCCAGCCUGACGCUGCAGGGAGCAGCCUGCCGCGGCUGAAUCGUGGCAGGAGUGCCAGUGCCCCCGUAUUAGGAGACACAGAAAGUGGUUGGGAUGACACUGCCAUGGCCAAUGACCUCUCAUCCACAUCAUCGGGCACUGAGUCAGGACCCCAGUCUCCCCUGACACCAGAUGGCAAACGGAGCCCCAAAGGCAUCAAGAAAUUCUGGGGAAAAAUCCGAAGAACUCAGUCAGGAAAUUUCAACACUGAUGCACCAGGGAUGGCAGAGUUUCGGCGAGGUGGACUCCGGGCAACUGCAGGGCCAAGGCUCUCUAGGACCAGAGACUCCAAGGGACAGAAAAGUGACGCCAAUGCCCCCUUUGCCCAGUGGAGCACAGAGCGAGUAUGUGCGUGGCUGGAGGACUUCGGCCUGGCUCAGUAUGUGAUCUUUGCCAGGCAGUGGGUGACUUCUGGCCAUACACUACUGACAGCCACGCCUCAGGAUAUGGAAAAGGAGCUAGGAAUUAAGCACCCACUUCACAGAAAGAAACUGGUUUUGGCAGUGAAAGCCAUCAACACCAAGCAGGAGGAGAAGUCUGCGCUGCUAGACCACAUCUGGGUGACACGGUGGCUUGAUGACAUAGGCUUACCCCAGUACAAGGACCAGUUUCAUGAAUCCAGAGUUGAUGGACGAAUGCUGCAAUAUCUAACUGUGAAUGAUCUACUCUUCUUAAAAGUCACCAGCCAGCUACAUCAUCUCAGCAUCAAGUGUGCCAUUCACGUGCUGCAUGUCAACAAGUUCAACCCGCACUGCCUGCACCGGCGACCAGCGGAUGAGAGUAACCUUUCUCCUUCAGAAGUGGUGCAGUGGUCCAACCACAGGGUGAUGGAGUGGUUGCGAUCAGUGGACCUGGCGGAGUAUGCCCCCAACCUUCGAGGGAGUGGCGUCCAUGGAGGUCUCAUUAUCCUGGAGCCACGUUUCACAGGGGACACUCUGGCUAUGCUUCUGAAUAUCCCUCCACAAAAGACGCUUCUCAGGCGCCACCUGACCACCAAAUUCAAUGCCCUGAUCAGUCCCGAAGCUGAACAGGAAAAGCGUGAGAAAAUAGCCUCCCCGGCUUACACACCGCUGACCACCACAGCCAAAGUCCGGCCAAAGAAACUAGGAUUUUCACAUUUUGGAAACAUAAGAAAAAAGAAGUUUGAUGAAUCAACAGACUACAUUUGCCCAAUGGAGCCCAGUGUUGGCGUUGGUGACAGUCACAGAGUCUACGGUGGCUACCGGGGCCUCAGUCCCCUUGAUUCCCCUGAACUGGAUGGGCUGGACCAGAUGGCACCUUCGGAAGGCACUGUGACGCAGAUAGGGCUCCUCUCCCAAGACAUUCACCGCCUUACGACCCUGCUGAGCCAGGACCAGCUGCUGAACGACUCUCGCCUGGCUGCUCCGGACUCUGAUGAGUGGAGAUGACGUUCCUCGUGGCCGAGAGCCCAGAGAGGCACGUGCAGGGCCCCGCGUCUUGGCUUCAGUGGGAGCUGGCGCGCGGCCACCCGUAGAGCCUCGAAGUUGCAGGCUGGGCCUCUCAGACGGGGUGUCCACAGGAGCGAAGCAGAGCUGUGGACAGGUGUCCAGGAGGUGCCCCCGUGCCCCUGUGUGUUUUCAGUUGUGCUGUGCCCCUCACUGCAGCUUUUAUACCUUUUGUACUUUUCUAUGUGGACCACAGCGCACUUCUGAAGGGAGAGCAGUGAGCUGUCAACACAGACUCAAUGGCUUCUUCUGUUCCCAGGGACAGCCGGGAGGCCCUCACACCAAAGGGGAGGAAGUGUGAGUUCAUAAAGCCUCUGCCGGAAACAGGCA